AUGGUCAACGUGUGGAUCGCUGCUGCGGACAAUAAUACUUCGGUAGUGAAUGAAUUUUUGACUCAAGGAGGAUCUCCAAAUGCCAAAGAUCACAACGGUUAUACCCCGAUACAUGCAGCCGCUUCGUAUGGCCAUUUGGAUUUAUUGCAACUUUUAAUCUCCCGCGGGGGUGAUGUCAAUGUUCAAGAUAAUGAAGGUGACACCCCUUUACAUCAUGUGGAAGAUUUGAAAACUGCCAUCGCUUUAGUCAAAGAAUAUAAGGCUGAUUGCACCAUAAAAAAUUCGGACGGAUUGACAGCUGCAGAAUUCAUCGAGGAAGAUGAUGAACAUCCCGAAAUCGUCAAGUUCCUCAAAAACUAUGGUCAAGGUAUAGACUUAGAGACAGAGUUGGUCAACGAACAGCUCCGCAAAGAAGAAGAGGAAAGAAUGAAGCCUAGAAAAAGACUGGCUAACGACGCUACUCGUCACGCCGAUCAAUUUGAUGUGAAAUACACCAUGGAGAAUCCAGAGGACAUACCAGAAGAAAUUCUGCAAGAUAAAAAACAACAAUUAGAGCAAAUCCUAAAUAGCGAGAACCCUGAGGAAGGAUUGAGAGACUUUUUACGCCAAACCGUUAGAGAAAGCAUGCUCCUGCAGGAGGAACAAUCGAGUUAUAAGAGGCAAAGGGAUCAGUAA